AUGUUUCGACUCGUAGUUGUUGUUGCCUUGAGUGUUUUCUGUCUUGCGUCGUCUGCAGUACCAAAAACUUAUACCGACAGAAUUGUUAAUGGCAGAACAGCGAGUAUUAACGAGUAUUACUGGCAAGUGUCAGUCCAACAAGAUCGGUCACAUUUUUGUGGAGGAAGUAUUCUAACGCCAACUAAAGUCCUUACAGCUAGUCAUUGCACAGAAGACAUAAUACAAAAAGGUCAAGAGCAUACUUGUCAAGUUCGUGCUGGUUCUUCAAACUGGAAUACUGGUGGCGUUGUUCGAGAUGUAAAAUCGAUUAUAAAUCAUCCAGAUUAUAAUUCUAAAUCAAUGGAGUAUGAUGUUGCAAUUGUUGACUUAAAAACAGCUUUAGUUUGGAGUGCAAGUAUUAAACCAAUCAAACUUUCUCUAAAUACGUUAGCUGAUAAAACACGUGUCGAUGUAAGUGGAUGGGGUCAAUUGGCUGCAAAUAAGAUAAUUCUUCCCAAAGUAUUGAAAGCAGUAACUCUAGAUUUUUUGACACUUGCAACAUGUGCGUCAGAUUUUCUGUAUGAUUCGGAUUCUAUAAGAAAAUCCAUGGUCUGUGCAGUUGGAACUAACCAAGAUUCAUGCCAAGGAGAUUCUGGUGGGCCUCUGGUUAAGUCGGAUGAAGCAUGUCAAGUUGGAGUUGUGUCAUGGGGACUCGGAUGUGCUGAGGAAGGACUUCCAGGUGUUUAUUGUAAUGUUGCUGAUGCAGGAGUCAAGGCAUUUAUUCAAAAAAAUGCUCCUGAUGCAGUCUAUACAAAUUGUUAA